GACGUUACAGCUACUACAAAAGGACAAAGUGGCGAUGGCGGGAUGUUCAAAUCCUGCUGUAAGUCGUGCUGUACGCUGAGAUAGUCAUAAAAAACAAGAAAUAAAAGACAUGGAUUGUUUAAAUGUAGCCAAGAUUUUACCUAAUUCCCCACGGAAGACCAGAGGACAGAUCCAGGUUAUUUUCGGACCGAUGUUCUCAGGGAAAAGCACUGAGCUGAUGCGGCGUGUGCGGCGGUUCCAGGUGGCUCAGUAUUCCUGCUUGGUCAUUAAAUAUGCCAAAGACACUCGAUAUUCACAGACGGGAAUGGCCACGCAUGACAUGAGCACGAUGGAGGCCGUUCCCGCCAACCGUCUGUGUGACGUGAAGUCUCUGGCCCUGCAGGCGUGUGUCGUCGGCAUCGACGAGGGACAGUUUUUUCCGGACACAGUUGAGUUCUGUGAAGAAAUGGCCAACAUGGGAAAAACUGUCAUAGUAGCAGCACUUGAUGGAACCUUCCAGAGAAAGCCCUUUGGUAACAUCCUGAAUCUGGUGCCUCUAGCGGAGAGCGUGGUCAAGCUGAAUGCCGUCUGCAUGCAGUGCUUCAAAGAAGCCGCUUAUACCAAAAGACUGGGAGCUGAAAAAGAGGUGGAGGUGAUCGGCGGCGCUGAUAUGUAUCACGCUGCGUGUCGGACGUGUUACGGCGGUCUUACGGAGUGUAAGGAGAACCGUGACCCGCUGAGAGAGGAGACGCCUCCACACGUAACGUCAGGAAAACCUCUGGAUCAAAGUGUUCCACGCAAACUCUUUGGUUCCCUUCACCUCUGAGCACAACACGACUGUAUAGAUUUACCUCUCUAUAGCGAGAGUUUAGCACUUAAUUUGUUUAUUUCUGUGUCUGAUGUGCUGUUGACUUCCUGUAAAUAACUUUAAAGUAGGUCCAGCAAAAUAAUGUUUGUAUCUUCGGUUUGAAAAUCAGUCCUUUCUACGUAUUUUAAUUUAAAUGAUUUUAAACUAUUUAAAUGUCUAACAAAACCAGCUGACAUCCUGAAACACUGCCAUGGAGUGAUGCAUUAUGAUUAAAAUUUAGUUUUUCUGUAUGUUGUUUUUCACAUGAAACAUUUUGUAGGAUUUGCUACAUGAAGUUAAUUCAACAGAUGCGUGCAAAUAAAAAUGACAUUUCAUAA